AAUGUCAAAGAGCAAGGCAACUGUGGGUGUAUAGUUAGAAAAAUUUUGUUUGUGCAGUUGGUUUAAAUAAAAAAACAAAAGAAUAACUCGUUAGACAUGUCUUAUCUAAACAGUUUUAAUAAUGAGAGUGCAAAACAAAUACUUAUGGACAUAAUACGUACAGUGAAUCAGCCAGAGAACUCAAAAAAACUAUCGGAAGCAAAAGCGUCGGCUGGCAAAGAAAUGAUUCUUAUGAUGCAGCAUGUUUUCCCUUUGGUAAUGCAGCUCCAGCUGGAGGUGAUCAAGGUGCACGGCUUUCCAGGCAAUCGUGAGGGUCUCGUUCAGUUCUCACAGCUUAUACGGGAAAUGGAGCGUGACGACAUGGAAAUUGCACGCCUGCGUAGCCAGAUACGUGCCAUAUACCUGCCACCGAUCGCUAUAAAUACUACCAACGAUAUACUUAUCUAAAUAUAUAUAGCUUAUACUAAACACAUUUGAGACUGCAAUAGAUUUAAGUAAACAAUCUUUUGUAAAUUGUAUUUUGGGUUUGAUGUACAUCAUUUU